AUGGUGGUCGGGAGGGAGGGUCCACUGCAUGGUUUUGAUGGACUGCCUGUCGGAAAUGUGGAUGGGCAAGAUAUUGAUCCCAUGACUAUCGACAUCCCUGACGGUGUCGUAGUGGAUCUAGAUUUCGAGCUGGAACGGCCCACGGAGCCGUGCUCACCUGACGUCGUGCCCGACUUCGUGGCUAGGCUUGGUUCCGGUUUCAAAGUAUGUAGCUUCAACUCCCAUUCCAAACUUGACCGCCAUUUUCCGGAUCAUGGCGGCCUCCUCCUUCUCCGCCCCUCGCACCGCAGCGACCCCACUGAUCCCCUCCCUCCCCAAUCUCUCCCCGAUGCCGCCGUGGACAUCAUAGCCCGUGUCCCCCAUCUCCACCACCCUCCCCUCUCUGUUUUCUCUAAGAACUUCCUCUCCCUUCUCUCUUCCCCUCACCUCUUCUCCACGCGCCGCCUCCUACGCUACACGGAGCCCUCCCUCUACCUCGUCCUCCACCUCCCCUCUUCUCGUUACCAUUAUUGGUACACCUUCUACUCGAACCCCACCUCUCCGAAGCAGUACCAUUUCGUCCUCAUAGCCUCAAACCCUUCCCCUUACCCUAAUAAUUGCUCCACCUUCAUCGCCCUUGGCCCGCUAAUCUACAUCUUUGGCAGGUCUAUCAAUGACAUGGCCUCAAACUACAUUUGGGUCUUGGAUUGUCGGUCCCAUCGGUGGAAGUCUAGGCCCGCCAUGCAUGAGGGGCGGUUGUUUGCUACUACGGGUGUGGUCGGGGAGAAGCUGUACAUCAUGGGCGGGUGCAUAGUGAAAAGUUGGUCCCAAGGCAUCCUUUGGGCAGAGGUCUUGGACGUGGGAGCCGAGUCAUGGGCAGCGGUUCCGUCCUCAUCACACAAGGUGAGGGAGAACCCGUCGUGGGCGGUGCUUCCAUUCUCAACGCGCAAGGCCAGGGAGAAGUUUAUGCAUGCUAGUGCGGUUGUAGAUGGGAGGAUCUACGUGAUGGCAAACUGGGCCAGUGUCAUGUAUGAUGUGGACAAGGAGAAGAUUAUAGAGUUUGAUGUGAAGGAAGGAGUUUGGAAGGAGUUGAAGGGCGUGGAAAGCUGGCCACCGGAGUUCAUGUACGGCGUGAGGAUGGCAAAUUUGGGUGAGAAUUUGGUGGUGGUUUGGGAGGGAAGGGAGGGUGGAGAGGAGAAGGAGGUCUAG